AUGUGCUUUCAUAAAACAUUCAGAAUCAAGAGGUUCCUGGCCAAGAAACAGAAGCGGAGUCAUCCCAUCCCUCAAUGGAUUCGAAUAAAAACUGGAAAUAAGAUCAGGUACAACUCAAAAAGGAGAUACUGGAGAAGAACCAAGCUCAGAUUAUAA